CAGUAAUUGACCAUGCUUUCAGUUUAGAACCUUUUGUACACCGCGUCAAACCCGAAGAAAGAGGGGAACGCUGUCAUGGCGGCCAAGGUGGUCAUGGUGGCCGUUCCAACAGUGCUGGGCCUCGCCUCGCUCCGUGUGUACAGCGUCACUGAACCUCCGGCUGGUGGGACUGGCCUCUCUCUUUCCUGUCUACAGUUGCCGAUCUACACCCCAUUGCCUUCAACGCAGUACAGGUUUGUUGAGGCUAAACCAGGUGUGCUUGAGAGUGGGUUGACCUACGUGAGAGAAAGCCUGCUGCCUGUGGUCCGCUCUGCCCAGGUUGUCUGUGUAUCGGUGAAAACCAGAAGCAUCCAGGCGUACCAGACAGCAGGAGAUGUGUACUAUUACCUGCGGGACCCUCCUCCAGGCUUCCUUCCCAGACUGGGAACCAUCACCACAGUGGGCAUGCUGGGAAUGAUCCUGGCCCGCAAAGGCUCUCGUUUCAAGAGGUUAGCGGUUCCCCUGGGCAUGAUGGGCGCCGGGGCAGCGGUGUGCUACCCGGCCCAAACCGUGGCCCUGCUCAAGGUGAGCAGCAGGAAGGUGUACGCUGCGGGCAUGUGGAGCAGUGCGUCCGUCUCCGCACUGUUCGCCUCCAAGCCCAAGGAGGCGGUCGCAGAUACGGUGGUGGCCUCGGCGCCACAGCCACAGUCGGACGCAGGGCCAGCCCUGGGCGCUCCGCUAGCAGAAGAGCCCCCCGCGUCCGAUGCUUCGUCCUCCAUCUCUGACAAGGCUCCGCCCACCCCCUCAGAGAGCGCCCCGACACCGGGCGCCACGUCGGCUGAGCCCGAGCCCCGCCCCCCCUCCCCUGUGGCGGAGGAGGCCCCGCCCACGGCCCCUCAGGGGGCCACCGCAGAGGCGGGAGCAGAGUCUGAUGCAGCCGAGACGAGUACUGUUGGUGAAGAACCCAUCGUUCUCGAGCAACCAGCUCUUCUAGAGGAGCCUGUGGCUGUGCAAGAAGAACCCCUCGUUGUAGAAGAACCUGCUGUUCUAGAAGUACCGAUCGUUGUAGAAGAACCCGCUGUUGUAGAGGAACCGAUCGUUACAGAAGAACCCGCUGUUGUAGAGGAACCAAUCGUUACAGAAGAACCUUUAGUACUACAGGAACCUGCUACUCAAGAAGAACCCAUCAUUAAAGAAGAACCAGCUCUUCUAGAGGAACCCAUCUGUAUAGAAGAACCUGCCGUACUACAGGAACCUGCUGUUCUCGAAGAACCCAUCGUUAUAGAAGAACCCAUCGUUAUAGAAGAACCCAUCGUUAUAGAGGAACCAGCAGUUGUAUCGGAAGCCCUCGUUCAAGAAGAACCCAUCGUUCUAGAAGAACCCAUCGUUCUAGAAGAACCUGCAGUGUUACAGGAACCUGCUGUUCCAGAAGAACCAAUCAUUCCGGCGGAACCCAUCGUUCUAGAGGAGCUUGCUGUUUUGGAGAUCGUUAAGGACGCUGCAGAGACGCCUGGAGACUCAGGACCUGAGGCAGAGAGACCCCCUGGAACCCCCCCCACAGCAGGGGGCUCUGGUUUCAAGGCAAACCCCGCUCUGAUGGACUUCGGCCAGUCGAGCCCAGAGGAUGAAGACCUGUACAGCACUCGUACCUGAGCCCAGUGUAUACACACAUGCAUACACACACGCACAGUAUUCCUCAGUACUACACUGUACAAUCAGUACAGUACACUAUCGCUGUACUCUAAUAGAGUAUAAUUCAGUAGUAUACUGUACUAUCAAAGUAUAGCCCAGUAUCAUACUGUAUUAUCAGAGUAAUAGCUCAGUGGCAAACUGCAUCAUCAGAGUAAUGCUCAGUAAUAUAGUGUACUAUCAGAGUAUACCUCUGUUUGAGGCUGUACUUUCAGACUGAAGCUCUGAUAGUGUACAAGCAGGGCAUACAUCACCAUACAAAGCACUGCUGCAGUGCCAUCUCGAAGUGAAUUCACUCAGACUCGACAUGUGUAUUUGAUCCUCUUCAUCACUCCACAGAUUCAAUCUGUGUUGAACGGCAGGGAGAACAUUUUACUUGGGUUGUCAUUACUUCUAAAGCUCAAUGCAAAUUUUUUCUAACCAAAAAUUCAGAAAAGUAAAAUUGCGUUCCAGGUUGUUCAUUGAGUGUAUGAAUCGCAUAGAUACACACAAAAAAGAGGAAAACGCAACACAGGUAAAGAUAGACACACACAAUCAGUUUCUUCAUGUUUUGCGAUUGUUUGUCUUUAUUACACAAGUGAUUGUUUGUAUUUUUUUUGUUCAUGGUACAGCUGGAACACUUUCAAAUACUUUGUGCUUUAAAUGGUGAUUCAACCUGUUUGUUUUGUUCAAUUGCACUGCCACCCUGCGACACAUGGUAGCACUGUUGAGUCGGAUUGUUUCAUCUAAAAUCGCAGAUGUCCUCAGAUGAUGAUAUUGUGGUUGCCAGAAUAAAUGAUAUUUUUCAUUAUG